GCGACGUCAGCAUGAACGAAUAUUGACAAAUUUGUGUUGUAAAUUCAACCCAUAUUUUAUAUAUUUCCUCAGCGUUUGUGCGAUUAAUGACAUUGAAUUAAAAUGGAAAUAACCGAGGCUGUGUCCCCUCACGUGUUUUUACCUGUUAUCGGUGUUGUCUUCUGUGCUUUUCUUGUUUUUGCAUUUGGUUUUAGAUCACCAGUGCAGCCUCCAAGCUUUGAUUUUGAAGAUGAUAAAAAACAAAAGAGAGGAAGAAAAUCAAAGGGUAAGAGCACUACCAAUGGUCAUAUAGCUGUUGGUAUAUCUGAACAUGAGAGUCCAAAAACAGGUCUGAAGUCUGCUAAACAACCAGCAGCAAACCGGCUCAAAUCACAGGAGAAAUCUUCGUCCAAAUCGGGGAACGUGUUGGAAACUAGCAAGGACAGGAAGUCGGCAGAAAAGGAGUUGGUGGUCCCUGUGAAAUCCAAGAAGGUUGCUGAGGAAAAUGGUGAAUGGAAAAUGCAGGUAUCUCGUAAAGGAAAGAAGCAGCGAGGAAAGAAAGAUGACCGAUCUGAUGGCAGCUCUGACGAGCGCUCGCCGACUGAAGACAAGAAGACACCGGAUCAGACACCUCGAGCAGACAAGGCCUCCGUGGUGCAGACUGAAAAAGCUCCAGCUGUUAAAGGCUCACAGGAGAAAAAGAUAAACAAGCCAGAGGUUGCCACCAUUAAGACAGAAAGUGAAGUUUCUACCUCUGAGCAGCGAAACAGGAAAAAAAAGAAAAAUAAGAAUAAGGAGCUGACAGAGAAAGAGUUGGAGAAGUCAUUGAAUGCUAGUCCUGUUAAAGAACCACUUUUGAAGACGAAAGAGCCCGCACAGGAAACGAAAGUCAAGUCUUCAAAAUCUUCCAAACCAACUACAUCACCAAAAUCACCGACUGGUGAAUCGACCAAAUCACCUGCUGGUGAAUCGACCAAAUCAUCUACUGAUAUAUCAACCAAAUCUUCUGCUGGUAAAUCAACCAAAUCACCUGCUGGUGAAUCAACCAAAUCUUCUACUGAUAUAUCGAGCAAAUCUUCCACUGGUAAAUCAACCAAAUCACCUGCUGGUGAAUCAACCAAAUCAUCUACUGAUAUAUCAACCAAAUCUUCUGCUGGUAAAUCAACCAAAUCACCUGCUGGUGAAUCAACCAAAUCUUCUACUGAUAUAUCGAGCAAAUCUUCCACUGGUAAAUCAACCAAAUCACCUGCUGGUGAAUCAACCAAAUCUUCUACUGAUACAUCGAGCAAAUCUUCCACUGGUAAAUCAACCAAAUCACCUGCUGGUGAAUCAACCAAAUCUUCUGCUGGUAAAUCAACCAAAUCAUCUGCUGGUGAAUCAAAUAAAUCACCUGCUAGUACUUCGACCAAGUCACGUGAUAUGUCAACCAAAUCACCUGCUGGUACCAAAUCAACUACUGAUGUUUCAACCAAAUCAUCAGCUGGUAAUUCGACCAAGUCAACUACUUCUUCCAAACAACCAGCAUCUAAUAAAUCACCUGCAUCUCCCAAAGCAGAUACUUCAGCGAAAGUAGACAAACCAUCAGGUUCUGAAGUGAAGACAAAACCUGUGAAAUCAAAGUCAGAACCAGUCCCAUUGACACCAAAGAUAGAGGUUGCAGAAACCAAUACAAGUAAAAAGAAGUCAAAAUCUAAAAAAGAUAAGAAAGAAGAUAAACAAGGUGGUGCCACUCUUAAUAUACAUGAUUUGGAUGUGGACUGGUCCCCUCCUGAUGUGCCAGAAGUUGUAAUAAAAACUCCAGUUGUUCCAACCAAAACAGCAAAGAGCCCUAAAAAGAAGAAUAAAGGUCUCUCUUCUGAGGUAGCUGAUAACCAAAGAAAUACUGCUACAAAUACUAACACAGAAAAUAAACCUACAGAUAGUUUAUCAUUGAAUAAUAAAACGGAAGCUCUUAGUAUAAAAAAAUUAGGUGAUGACACAAGUGGUCAAAGUGUUACUAGUGUAGACUCAUCCAAGCAGCCUGUUUCUUUUGAUGAAAUGGCAAAUAGCAAAGACUCAUGGAAAGAGGCAACUCCUAAGAAGAGUAAAAAGAAGGCUCGUCGUGAAAACUAAGUUCCUUUCUUGAAAUAAUUCUGAUAACCGUGAAUACCCGAAUCAACAGACAGUAGCCAUGGGACCGCCACAGAUUACACGGUGAUCUAGUCAGCAUCUCUUGUAACAUGUAAAUUCUUCAAAAUUGUCAUUCACCUAUUAGAUUUACUUACAGACAAGACCUAAAGUAAAAUUUGCAAACAGAAAUUAGUCCAGUGUUACAAGUUAUGUAAGUUUUGUGAUCAGCCAUGCUAUAGAUUAUAGAUUGCUGUUAAGUGAAAUAAGUGACAAUUACUGUAGAAUUAAAAAUAUUUCGGUGAAAGUUCAUGUAUAAAAUAUUUGUGUAAUAGUUUAUUGAAUUUGUUUUUCCUUUUAUUAUCCCCAUAUCAUUUUGGUCACAUCAAGGUUGGGAUAUCUUGAAAUCCUUGCCUGAUGAUAAUACAUUUUUAGCAUAAAUUGCUGAUAUAGUUGAUAUUUUGUUUCCCUAUUUUCUGUCUUUAUUGGAGUUUCAUGGAAAUUGCUUUUGUUAAAGUUAUCAUUAGAAGUCAGAACUAUUAUAAACUUUACAUAUUUGCUUCUGAUUGAUUUUAUCAAUGUUAUAAAGCUCACACAGCAUUUAAUUGUUCUGUGGAAACCAGUGAAUAUGAUUGUGUUAUGUGAUAUGUAUAUAUAGUCUGGUUAUGGUAUUUCAUAUCAAAUAACAUUCUGUUUAUGUUGCUCAUAAACUAAGGAAACAAUACAUGUACUAAAUACAUGUAGAUUUUAUUGGUGUCAAUUCACGUCCAGAAAUCAAAUCAUUUGGCAAAAAUCACAUGGUAAUGAUGGGACAUUUCAGCAUGACAGUACUCAAUCCACCCCACACACCCACCCACCCCAUAUCAUAAGUGGUGUUAAUGAGUGCUAUAUUUUAUGUUGGAGGUAAA